CCCCAGUAUAUUGCUCGAGGAAGUCUUCGUGCGUAAGGUGCUUUCCGAACGGAUGCGGGUUGGUUUGCUGCUCGGUCUUUCUUGUUGUCCACAUUAUGUACGCACUGUCGUUGGAACCUUGGUGAACACUUCUAUGCUCAGUUCCAGCCUCAGUAUCACCCGCCGUCUUCAAUAGCUCCCGCAUGUGUUCAUGCUGUUUGAGUUUGUGCUGUUGGUUUCUUGCCUUGGAAGCUUUCCUGGAGGCUUUGGAACGUCGUGCCGGCUUUGACUUCGACACGUUCAUGGUGAUUUGCCUUGGCAAGCGGUGUCUGUCUGUUGUUGGGCCUAUGAGUUCUUUUGCGUUUUCGCCGGUUGGUGUCCAUUCUCAGGCUCUGUGCAGAGUGUGUGAAUCGAUCUCUUAAGUGUGAUGAUCGAAAACGACCGCUUCCGUUCGCACAAUGCCCACCCAAGAAGAAG